AUGGAUCAGCUGACAAUUUUACUGAGGGUGGUUGUACCCCUCUCCAAAAUACUGAGCUUCAAUCACACACGCGCGGCAAGCCGUCUGCCUUCUUUCUCUCAACCCCCAUCUGUUCGAGCCAUGGGUCUGUUCUGGAUGUUUUUGAAGUAUAAUCAACGGCUUCUAGUUUAUCCAGACGGGUUCCACUUCGACAACGAAAGACGCGAAAUUAUGACUCCACUGGAAUUCUUCAUGCCUUAUGAAGAUGUGGAACUGAGAACCAAGGACAAAGUCACGCUUAGAUGCUACCUCAUGCUUCAGACAAGCAAGGCCGCAAGAGCAACUGUCAUAAUGUUCCACGGGAACGCUACGAACCAAGGAGAGGUCCUUGACCUUGCACAUCGAUUCCAUCGCGCAAAUUUUCACGUCUUCACCCUGGAGUAUAGAGGGUAUGGGCUUUCGGAUGGGGCACCCUCAGAGAGCGGCAUUCGACUGGAUGCUCAAGCCGCCCUUGAUUUCGUGUCAGGCCAUCCAACAUUAUCACAGCUUCCAAUAGUGAUCUAUGGCCAAUCUCUCGGGGGUGGCGUCGCGAUAGACGCCACGAGUCGCAAUUCCGGAAAGAUCAAAGCCCUCAUCAUCGAAAACACCUUUACAUCGAUACCCAACGUCAUCAAAGGCUGGCAUGUUAUCGGAUACUUCUCAUUUCUCGCAACACAGCGAUGGCCGUCCGCCUCCCGGCUAGAGUCGAUACCUGCGUCCUUGCCCAUCCUCAUGCUCAGCGGCACGCUGGAUGCCGUCAUUCCGCAGCACCACAUGCACACUCUAUGGGACGUGGCUUCGAAACGUGGUCAGCCGAAGGGUAAUCUACUGAACGCGGUGACCUGUGGGACGAUGAGUCGUAGGGGAAGCAUGCUUGUAGCGGAGGAUGAGGAAGUGUCUGGAAAGGAGUGUGGUGUCCCUGCAGUGAAGGACAAGUUCAAGAAGUUCUCCCGUGGAUCGCAUAAUGAUACAUGCCUUCAACCAGAAUACUGGACCACUGUAUUCGAUUUUUUGGAUGACAUCCUCUCGUAA